AAAGGGCAACGUUUCCCCUCAGGCACGACCAGAAGCUCCCUGCAGCAGCAGAGGAAACACGUUCCUGUUGGGAGACGGAAACACACAGACAUUAAGAAAAGGUUCGACAUGGCCGAGAAGAAAGCCGUCUUGUUCAACUUCUGGGGAGUUACUGCCUCUUCCACUCCUCAGGAAGUUUUCCAAACGUUGGAGGAGGUGCACAAUCUGCCAGGAGGUUUUCUGUGCGGCGUGGCGUCCAAAAAGGACAGCGCCAUGAUCCGUGCAGAGCGAGGCGAGAUGACCCUUUCUCAGAUGAUACCAGCGUUCGAAGCAGAGUGUCUGAAGGAGGCCAAAGUCCAGGGUGUGUCUCUGCCGUCUGAUUGGUCAGUGAAAGGUCUGCUGAAGGAGCUCCAAGAGGCCAUGAUGGACGUCCAACCAGCCGUGUUACAGAUAGCUGCCCGUCUGCACCACAGAGGGUUACUGACAGCCGUGCUGGCCAAUCAUUGGCUGGAUGACAGCGCAGCAGGAGAUGGCCCCGCCCAUCUGCUCUCGCUGCUUGGCGGCCGUUUCGACCUGGUCCUCCAGUCGUGUCGCUCAGGUCACAUGGUCCCUGAGCCCGCCAUGUUCAGGUGCGCUCUGAAGCACCUGGGAGUGACGUCACAACAGGCCGUGUGGCUGGAUGCAGAUGAGGAAGGUGUGAAGGCAGCAGAGGGAGUGGGGAUGAAGGCCAUCUUGGUGGAAAACCUGGACGACGCUCUGAAGAAACUGGCCCACUUCACAGGAGUUCAGGCUGAUGGAGCAGAGAGUCCUCCGCCCUCCUGCAGCCCUGAGGAAGUGUCUCAUGGAUUCGUUACCAUCAGGCCCGGUGUGAGGACCCAUUUUGUUGAAAUGGGCUCAGGUCCGCCCGUCCUGCUGUGCCACGGCUUCCCUGAGAGCUGGUUCUCCUGGAGGUUCCAGAUCCCUGCCAUGGCGGCCGCUGGCUUCAGGGUUCUGGCUCUGGACAUGAAGGGGUUCGGGGAGUCCACCGCGCCUCCAGACAUAGAGGAGUAUUCCCAGGAGCAGCUUUGCAAGGAUUUAAUCACAUUUAUGGACAAAAUGGCGAUGCCACAGGUCACGCUGGUGGGGCACGACUGGGGCGGCGCUCUGGUGUGGAACAUGGCUCAGUAUUACCCCGAGAGAGUGAGGGCAGUGGCCUCUCUGAACACGCCUCUGUUUCCCACCUCUCCCUCUGUGAAUCCUGGUGAGAAACUGAAGGAUAUUCCUAUCUUCGACUACCAGCUCUACUUCCAACAGCCUGGUGUAGCAGAGGCGGAGCUGGAGAAAGACCUGGAGCGAACGUUUAACAUUUUCUUCUUCAGCAGUGCAGAACCGGUGACGCGCCCUGCACUCAGCACUGCAGGAGUGUGUGCUCGAGGGGGUCUGUUUGUGGGUCUGCCGGAGCAGAUUCCCCGCGGCUGCAUGCUGACGGAGGCCGAGCUGCAGUACUACGUCAGCCAGUACAAGGAGCGAGGCUUCAGGAGGCCGUUGAACUGGUAUCGUAACGGGGAGGCGAGCUGGAGGUGGAAGUGCUCUCAGCCCUCUGCAAAGCUGCUGAUGCCUGCUCUGAUGGUGACGGCAGGUAAAGACCAGGUGCUGCUGCCGGCCUUCACCAAGGGGAUGGAGGACUUGAUCCCUGACCUGAAGCGAGGACACAUCGAGGAGUGCGGACACUGGAUCCAGAUGGAGCGUCCGGCGGAGACCAACAGGAUCCUGAUCUCCUGGCUCUCAGAGACUCUGAAAUAACAUCACAACUAAAAGAUUCUCACUAAAUCACAUUAAAUGAUUUUGUCUGAACGGAAGAAAUCAAAUCAUAAUAUAACAUCUGCUUACAUUUCAGUUUUUUUGACUAAAAUAACAAAUGUAUGGGGGUUUUAUGAGUGGAAUGUGCACCUUUAUUUAAUACUACAAUGAUAGCUGACAAUUCAGGUGUGAAUGAAUAUCAUUUAUUAUUAAUAAAAUGUGUUUAAUUGGGCUGGAAGAAUAGUCAAUGAGGGAAAUGCACUUAUUGUUAUACAAAGAAAAGACAAUGAAAAACAGCAGAAAUGAAAGAAAUACAUAUACAAUAAAAUUCUAAAAAACA